CAAAGAAGAGGUUGCAACAUUUACAGCGAAUACCAUACGAGAUUGCAAAUGACAUCCAGGACUGCUGUUGUUCUCUAGUUUCAUUCUUUAACUAAGUGCCAAAUAAAAUAAAAUUAUAUAUUAGCCAAGUAUUAUGAUCCAGUUCUUGGCCAAAACUGGCUCACUCUCAUUCAUUCGACCACUCAACACCAGUAGCUCUGCACCCACAGGACUAUUCAUUGCAUCCAUAGGAAACCCGGAACCCCAAUAUGCAAACACGCGUCAUAACAUAGGUCAUCGAAUGAUGAACCAAUUGAUCAAGACUUAUUGGACUAGUCACAUAUCUAUCCAAGGUAACAAUCUUUAUAAGUCAAGUAAAUACCCUAACAUACUAUUAUUUAAAUCAAAUGAUCUGUAUAUGAAUUUACAAGGAAAACCAAUAUCGAAACAUUUUAACCAUGUGCGAAAACAAUACCCUCAUUUAGUGAUAUUGCAUGACGAAUUACAAGUAGAUGUGGGUAAGUAUCAAGUACGCAAACCAGGAACGAGUGCACGAGGACACAAUGGGUUGAAAUCAAUCAAUUCUUAUUUGAAAAAUGAUUACAUAAAGAUUGGUAUUGGAAUAGGCAGACCCUCCCAUCGAGAUGGUGUGGUUGAUCAUGUUUUGUCAAAAUUUGACACUAGGGAGUUGGAGAUUAUUGAUUAUGAUGUGAUUCCAAAGUGUGUUGCAGAAUUGGAAAAGUUAAUUGAAGAUGACUUAAAGAAGUAUUCAUUAGACAUUACGCAUUAAACUUCCCCGUGCCCAUACACAUAACCAUUGCCAGGUUUCCAGCAAUUACACCAUAGAAUAUAGAGUUUUAUAAACUAAUUGACUACUGACAUCCCUUG